ACCUUGAUUGGGUUGUAAUUAUUUGUUUUAAUUCCUGAAAAGAAAUGCUUCACAUGUGUCUCUUUGCAUGGAUUCUUUAUUUCCUGGGCUGCCCAUCUGUCACUUCUCUCUGCCUUUUCACCUACUAGAGGAUUCAUCACUCUUCCAUUGUUGACACUGUUGUGCCCUUUUCUUGUUUCCAUCUACACGUUUCCGUGGGUUUUCUGUGUUGAAACUGAUUGUGUGAAUCCCCUGAAUGAAUUGCAUUGCUGUACUCCUCUGUGAUCAUAACUGCUGCUGCUAAUUUUAGUUGAGUUGGACAGGUGAAAUGAGAGAGUGAUGCGGGAAAGUGCAAAAGCUCAUGUGAUUUGCAGUUGAGGUUGUUGGGAGCACAUGGCAUAGUUUCUUUUCAUGUAUUUGAGGUCUCUCUGCUUGCUCGAUUUUGAAUGCAAUUGGAUGAUCAUUUGAGGAAAAGAAAUGGAGGCAUUGAAUCAGAAGUCUCUUGAUAGAGUUGUUUCACAAAGAGCCUUUCUAAUGGGCAGCUCUUUUCCAUGCCAAAUUUGUGUGUUUGGAUUCCUUUGUGGGGUUUGCUUGACCUCUCUGUUUCUGGCUGCCCUCACUUCUUUUGGUGCUGCUUCGUCUGGUAGCAUUUCGUUUUCUCCGUUUUCGACUGGAAUUUCAGCUUCAAAUUCUACCUCAUCAAUGGUUACUAGUCGAAAUUGCAGCGGCUUGCUUAAAGAAGGAGAAAGAAUCAUGUACUCCAAAGAAAGCGCUAUAAAUCAUGGAAUUGAUGAGAAAGUUGCCUUACUAUAUGCAGCAUGGAGUAACUCUCUUAGUGAAUCGAUAGAGAAGGAAGGCCAGUCCUCUCAGAGAAUCAGAUUGAGCAAAUCUAAUGUACCUGAAGCUCCACACUUGGAGAAUUGCAAGCUGAGUGCGGAAGUAAGUCAGCGUCUUGAUACACGUCUUCCGAAUAGGACCUUUCCUCCCUGGACAAUUUGGAAGGGAAUGUUGGACGACCUUCCAUUAUCAGUGACCGACGAGCAGCUUAAGUAUUACAGGGAUCAAAUGAUAUCUGAAGGAGCUUAUCCUCCCUGGAUCACAGGAUCAGAUGUGGAAAAUUAUCCUCUAACCAGGAAAGUGCAGCGAGACUUAUGGCUUCAUCAGCAUCCGGAAAACUGCAGGGAUCCUAGUAUAAAGUUUCUAGUAGCUGAUUGGGAGAGACUGCCUGGAUUUGGCAUUGGAGCUCAGCUUGCAGGAAUGUGUGGUCUGCUUGCUAUUGCAAUCAAUGAGAAGAGGGUUCUUGUUACAGGGUACUACAAUCGAGCUGAUCAUGAUGGUUGUAAAGGUUCAUCACGUGCCAGUUGGUCAUGUUAUUUCUUUCCAGAGACCUCCCCUGAAUGCAGAAAACGAGCUCUUGAACUUAUGAAUGACAAGGUAGCAUGGGAAAGGGGUGUUAUAACAGGGAAAGACAACUAUACUUCCAGAGACAUAUGGUCGGGACGGACACCUAGUACUAUAUAUUUCAGGGCAUGGGGCAAUCCUUGGAGUAUUAUGCAGCCAACCACGGAGAUAAAUGGGAGCUUGAUAGUUCACCAUCGUAAAAUGGAUAGGAGGUGGUGGCGAGCACAGGCAGUUCGCUACCUGAUGAGGUUUCAGUCCAAGUACACAUGCAACCUAAUGAACAUUGAACGUCAUACUGCUUUUGGACGGGAAGCUGCGGCAAUGGUUCUCGCAUCGUCCUCAGGAGAUCUUAUCGAGAAUGUACAAGAGAACAAUCAAGACAUAGAAAGAUUUGUUUGGUCAAAUCACAAACCAUGGGUUCCUCGCCCGUUGCUAAGCAUGCAUGUCAGGAUGGGAGAUAAGGCAUGUGAAAUGAAGGUGGUUGGAUUCGAAGACUACAUGCGUCUGGCAGAAAAAGUCAGAAAGAGCUUCCCACACCUGAACAGUGUGUGGCUUUCUACUGAAAUGCAGGAUGUCAUUGAUAGAUCAAAAUCCUACCAGCAUUGGAAGUUUUACUACACCAAUGUGACACGCCAAACUGGGAACAUGACCAUGGCAACUUAUGAAGCGAGUCUUGGCAGGGAAAUGAGCACCAACUAUCCUUUCGUUAACUUCUUGAUGGCUGCAGAAGCCGACUUCUUCAUUGGAGCAUUAGGCUCUACAUGGUGCUUUCUCAUAGACGGCAUGAGAAAUACCGGAGGAAAAGUCAUGUCUGGUUACUUAAGUGUCAACAAGGAUAGAUUUUGGUAGACUGCUUGAGCUAAGAGCAAUGCGCCUUAAUGCUUUGAUGUCGUCUGAUGCCUAUUCAGGUGGAGUUUGGUCGAGUCCUGCAACGGGACCUUAGCUGCUGGGAAAGGGGGGGGAAUUAUAGCCGGCCUGGAUACAUCGGAUGAGUUCAGAUGAAGAUUAUCCACGGAGGUUCUGUAUAUUCUGCAGUUCUUAGUAGUAAUUUGCUUUUGCCUGUAAAUGUUGGGGGAUCAUAUUUAUCAGUUUGAAAUUUUUAUUUAGUUUGUUAUUAUUAGCCAUUUGAGCUGUGUUUAUUUUUGUUUCG